AUUUCUGUUUCCCAUUAUCAUUCACUUUCCACAGUCUCGUCGAACCCAGUCUCCCUUCUUCUUCCUCCACCGACUCUUCCCCUUUUCACCCUCACCUUUCUUCCUAUUUACUAUUGUAUUCCCUAAUUCUUAAUCUCACUUUUUGAUGAGAUCUUAGUAACAAACAGUUGUAGUGAAAUCUCGGGUGGAAUCUAGAAAUGCUGGAGAGGUUGUUCGGAGUGCGGCGGGCCCGCCAGAUCCAGAGGGCGGCGCGCCAGGGGACGGUGACGUGUCUCUGCCUCUUCUUGACCGUCGUGGUCAUCCGCGGCACAAUCGGCGCCGGCAAGUUCGGUACCCCCGAGCAGGACCUCAACGACAUACGCGAGCGCUUCUACUCCCACAACCGGCGCGUGGAGCCCCGCCGCGUCCUCGAGGAUGUCGAGACCACCACCACGACGACAGCGGCGGAGGCCCAAAACGGCGACGCGAACAACUACGCCACGUUCGACAUCACCAAAAUCCUCAAGGACGAGGACGGCGGCGACGACGUCGUGAAGAAGGAUCCGAACGCGCCGUACGCGCUGGGCCCGAAAAUAUCGGACUGGGACUCCCAGCGGGCCGGGUGGUUGAAGCAGAACCCGAAUUUCCCCAACUUCGUGGGGCCCACCAAGCCCAGAGUUUUGCUAGUGACCGGGUCGUCGCCGAAGCCGUGUGAGAAUCCGGUCGGCGAUCAUUACCUGCUCAAAUCAAUCAAGAACAAAAUCGACUACUGCAGGAUCCACGGCAUCGAGAUCUUCUACAACAUGGCUCUCCUCGACGCCGAAAUGGCCGGGUUUUGGGCCAAGCUUCCGUUAAUCAGGAAACUACUACUGUCACAUCCGGAAGUCGAGUUCCUGUGGUGGAUGGACAGUGACGCAAUGUUCACCGACAUGGCGUUUGAGAUUCCGUGGGAGCGUUACAAGGAUCACAAUUUCGUCAUGCACGGAUGGAACGAAAUGGUGUACGACGAUAAGAAUUGGAUCGGAUUGAAUACAGGUAGCUUCUUGUUAAGGAACUGCCAGUGGUCGUUGGAUCUGCUGGACGCUUGGGCUCCAAUGGGGCCCAAGGGGAAGAUAAGGGACGAAGCGGGGAAGGUGCUGACGAGUUAUCUGAAGGGAAGACCGGUUUUCGAAGCCGACGAUCAGUCGGCGAUGGUUUACUUGCUGGCCACGGGUAGAGACAAGUGGGGGGAGAAAGUGUACUUGGAGAAUCAUUACUACUUGCACGGCUACUGGGGCAUUUUGGUGGAUAACUAUGAGGAGUAUAUUGCGAACUUUCAUCCCGGAUUGGGUGACCACCGGUGGCCGUUGGUGACGCAUUUCGUGGGGUGCAAGCCGUGCGGCAAGUUUGGGGACUAUCCGGUGGAGAGGUGCCUGAAGCAGAUGGACAGGGCGUUUAAUUUUGGGGACAACCAAGUGUUGCAGAUGUAUGGGUUUACGCAUAAGACGUUGGCGAGUAAGAGAGUGAAGAGGGUUAGGAAUGAGACUAGCACUCCGCUUCAAGUGAAAGAUGAGCUUGGGUUGCUGCAUCCUGCUUUCAAGGCUAUCAGGCUACCAUCAUGAUUUUGUUCUUGAUGUUCUGUGUAACUUUUGUUAUUUUGAUUCAUUAUGAAAGGUUAUUGUGAACUUUGGAGUAAAGAUUCAAUUCAUUUGUUCUUGGGAGAAAGUAUAUGUAAACGUUAAUGAAUUGAUAUACAUCCAUUCUUCUCUUCAAAAGUCUGUUUAGCCACAUAAAUA